UUCACACUUUCGCCACCUCCCCAAAAACUUCAAACUAAUGUGUUUAUUAUAACAGAACCCUUGAUUAUAAAUACAUCUUGCUAGCAGCGUAGCUAACGUUAGCUUGUUUGCAGUCCUGCUGCUAGCUUGUUACAGUAUUUUGUUGGGUUUUUCUGUGACUACUGACAAUUUUUCACUUGGAUUUUAUGUUGCUCCACUUUAAUUGCGAUGAAAAAGUUUGGGGAAAAACUCAUACUUACGUACUUUAGUGAGGGGGCGUGUCCUCAUUUGCUACAGUAUUUCAACAAUGUUCAUCAUGGUAGCGAAGUACUUUUGGAGGGUGAGUUCAGUGUCGGAAGUUGGGACACUUCAAACUUUAUUCGCAUGACUCGCGCAUGGCCCCCUACCAGGCUGAAGAAAUGGCAGACGUGUCCCACAAGCGAGGCGAGGCAGUCUUGUGCGGUGUCUCUUUAAGUGCGCCAGGCAGUGCUGUUGGUCCGCGGUCGGCGCGCUCCGUGCGGCGCUGCCUCUCCGCAGCGUUCCAGGAGCGCCGUCCUUCUGCUCGGACGGCCGACUCGAGGCGGUCGGGGAGCUCACCGUCGUCCACGCCGCGGAUUCCAGGCGGGCUCGGGGUAGCGGCCGGCCGGGCGGACGGACCGACGAACAGGGUGAGCGUGCGGGGGUGGGCCACAUGAGUUGGUGUCGCCCUGUCGGGGUGUGCUGGAAGCGGCGUGUCGCGGCGCAUCUGCGGCGCCUGUAGAUUAUUGAAGAGCACUCAGACGCCGUUGACCAGAGAAACUGGAGACGUCGCGAGCUUGCCUCCUUCUCCUUCCCCCAGUUGACGCGGAGGGGAAACAUCUUCGGGAGCCUUUUUCCCCGCACAGACGGUUAGUCACGCCACGACUCCCUCGGAUCCCCGCGAAGAACCGUCCGCUCGGAGGUGAAAGGAUUUCAACUCGGGCACUGACUAAAAACCCCUCUUCCCGGUUCUCAGCGCGGGAGACGUUUCUGCGGGCCGACGACUUCGUCGAGCGAUCGGUCUUUCGCAAGCACUUUGGGUUCUGCCGUCGACGGGAAAGCGGCGGACGCCCGCGCUCGCAUGAGGACCGGAACCUGGCAGGGGGGGCGAGGUGUCUUCCUUUUGGAGAAUGCAAACGCCCGAACAGGAGUAGUCAUGCCGUCGUCCCGGUGACCUUCGUGCCGGUUUACGUUUUUUAUCUGGACUACUUUGUCGGGCGAACUGUUGGGCCGGCGCGCUCAAGUGGCGGCUGGAGCCAACAUGGCCAAAGCUCUGCUGAAGAUCCAGCGUUAUUUCCGCAGAAAACCCGUCCGGUUCUUCACGCUCAUUUUGUUCUACCUGACCGCCGGGAGCCUCGUCUUCCUGCACGCCGGCAUCGUCGGCGACAGCGGCCCCGGGAGGCGGGGGCUGCGCGCGUACACCGUGGCGGCCUCCGAGACGGGCGGCCAGGUCGCCCCAUCGGACAGCGGCGGAGCGGGCGUCGUGCGGGUAUUUAAGGAGGCUCACGGCCCCAGACGGGGUUACGCCCCCAUGUGGAAAAAGAAGGCGGGGCAGGUCAGAGAGGGCAGAAGCGGAGACUUCGGCAACAAGUGGGGCCUUGCCGCCAAAGCCCGCAAUGCCAAAGAGAUGGACGACGGAAGAGCAAAGUAUAUUGGCUGCUACGUCGACGCGACACAAAAGAGGGCCCUGAAAGGAGUUUCAUUUUUUGAUUACAAAAAAAUGACUGUAUUCCGUUGCCAGGACAACUGUGCAGAAAGAGGUUACAUGUACGCCGGUUUGGAGUUUGGCGCCGAGUGCUACUGCGGUCACAAGAUUCAGACGGCCAACGCUUCGGAGAGCGAAUGCAACAUGGAGUGCAAAGGGGAGAGGAGCAACACGUGCGGAGGAGCCAACCGGCUAUCCAUCUACAGGCUGGAGCUGAGCCAGGAGUCGGCGCGGCGCUACGGCAGCGCCAUUUUCAAGGGGUGUUUCCGCAGGCCAGACAACGUGACGAUGGCGCUCCCCUUUAGCGUUUUCAUCCAGAACAUGUCCGUCGACAAAUGCGUGGACACGUGCACGGAGAAGGAGAAAUCGCUGGCCGUCCUGGCCGGGGAUCGAUGCCACUGCGGCUUCCCGACGCCGCUCUUUUCCCUGCACGAGCCGGAGGACGAGGGCAUGUGUCUCCAGCGCUGCCUCGGCGAGGAGUUUGAGAGCUGCGGGAACGACGAGUACUUCGUGGCGUACCAGACGCAGGUUCAAGAUAACCGUUGCAUGGACAGGCACUUCCUGCCCACCCGUGCCAAUCAGCUGGUGGCCCUCGCCAGUUUCCCCGGAGCCGGCAACACCUGGGCUCGGCACCUCAUCGAGCUCGCCACCGGCUUCUAUACGGGCAGCUAUUACUUUGACGGCUCGCUAUAUAAUAAAGGAUUUAAAGGCGAGCGAGACCACUGGCGGAGCGGAAGGACCAUCUGCAUAAAGACGCACGAGAGCGGAAAAAAGGAGAUUGAGGCCUUUCACUCCGGCAUCCUGAUGAUCCGAAACCCCUACAAGGCCCUCAUGGCGGAAUUUAACCGCAAGUACGGCGGCCACGUCGGAUUCGCCUCCCAGGCCCACUGGAAAGGGAAAGAGUGGCCCGAGUUUGUGAAGAACUACGCUCCUUGGUGGGCGUCGCACACCUUGGACUGGCUCCAUUACGGGAAGAACGUCCACGUGGUCCACUUCGAGGCCCUGAAGAGAGACUUGUUCUCACACCUGAAGGGAAUGGUGGAGUUUUUGGGACUGGAGGUUUCCGAGGAGCGCCUGCUGUGCGUGGAGGGCCAGAAGGACGGAAACUUCAAGCGGUCGGGCCUUCGCAAACUGGAAUAUAACCCCUACACGCCCGAGAUGCAAGCCAACAUCGACCGACUCAUAAGAACAGUCGACGGCGCCUUAAAGAAGAGGAACGUGUCGGGUGUUCCGGAUGAAUACAUGCCGAGAUGAUAAAGGUGAAACUCUCGUAUUUUUUUUUUUUUUUUUGGGGGGGGGGGGGUUGAAAUGCAACAAACGAGACACUUUUUAUCCUUCCUUUGUUCUCCCAACUCAUCCCGUGUGCGAGCAGACAACAAAAAGCGAAAGAAUUGCGUUUCAAGAGAACGCGUCGUCCUCUUCUGUGCACGUGCCUUAAAGGGGGGGGGGGGGGCCACCGGCGUGUU